GACGAAAUCAUCCACUACAUAGGCAACACAAGUCCUCAGCUAAAACUAUUGCACUCUUUCGAUAUGGAGCAGAUACUGUUGAUCGACGGAACGGAAGAGCGCGAUCUAUCCAACCUUGAGCCUCAGUCAUCCGAAUACACAUAUACCGAACUGCGCGAGCUGGGUUUGCGAAUCUACAAAGAAGUCUGGAAACAAUUUUACGAAUGGGAACCAAGGGAGUGCCGACAAAUCAUCCACGCUUUGGCUGGCCGACGUGUCUCUGGAGAAAGAGAAAAAUAUAAUAAGAUGAUAGAUCAGUUACUCGACCCCGGGGCGCUUCAGGAUUCGGAGAUGCGGAUCGACUUGGAGAACCCGAACCAACCUUUGCUAUUAGUGACCCAGUACGAUGCCGAGGGUCGAGGCAUAUCAUACCCAUUAGAGAUGGAGGAGAUUCUUGUUGAUCCUACUUUUGAGGCCCAUCCUCCUUACGAGUCUUGUCCACCAAUCAAUCAGAGCAUUCGGGGCUGGGGAGUGGACGACACAGCUGCAUUCAUUCCGUACGGCGAUGAGGAGGGAUUCCCCGUCAUGGAAUAUCUAGACCAAUUUCAGUCGUUCGCAUGGGAAGAAGACUUUGAUCCAGACUCGGAAAUGAUCCAAAUAGAAACUGCCCGCCGACUACACAACACUUUGAAUAUCUCGAUAAAGAAUAUUGAUCGGAUGCGCAUCCUCCCAAAAUCGCUCCAUGAAUCGUACAACAAGGGUCUUCUAUGGCAGAGAUUUCAGCGAGAUUUCCUUCGCUGGCCUGGAGGAACUGAGGAUGAUAUGGAGGGGGCCUGCUUCCAACCUGCAGUUGAUGAUCUCCAUAAGAGGUUGACAUCCGUUCUUGCGACAUUUUGUCCAAACCUUAAUUGUCUGCGAACUCUGUGCACGACCCAUUUGCAUCCUCAGUCCGGGUCGUUCGGAGGUGGUGGUAGGCCCAAGGUGACAAAUCAGAGCAUGCGACUCAGCGAAGGAGAGCCCUGUGGUGACGAAUGUUACCGUCUAACAGACGAUUCUUACACGGACAAAGUCUACUGGGAGAAUGAAUCCGAUAAAGAAGCAUUGAAAACAAUCUUAUCAAUCUCACCCAAUUUAUUUCCUUGUCAGCUUGCGGAUCUCUGCUUCAAGCCUUGCCGAGAAGUCUUUGUUCAACGAUGUGCCAUGUUUUCUGACGACUUGACAUAUGAUGAUGACUCCGCAGACGACCCGGAAAGUCAUACAAAGAACAACAGGACAAGGAGAAAGACACGAAAACGUCGUCUCAUUUUUGAAGAAGAAGAAAAACAUGCGCCAUUCGUCCCCCUCGAGCCUUGCAACCAUAAGGGUCCCUGUGAAAAAGAGUGGUGCGAAUGCUACCGUCGGAAACGACACUGCCAACUGGCUUGCCGAUGUGGUAUAAACUGUGAUCGUCAGUAUCGUGGUUGCGAGUGCAAACGCUGUCUUUUAACUUGCCCGUGUGUUAAACAUGACCGAGAAUGUUUGCCCGGGAUAUGUCAUAAAUGCGAUGCAAGAGGCGCAACUGACAACCCAUGCGUAAACACAAAGCUUCAGCGAAAUGAUACUAUGGCGGUCGAGAUCAGGCAGGCUUAUUACGGCCUAGGAGCUUUCGCGGCGCAAGACAUGAAGCCUGACGAUUUCAUCGGAGACUAUGUCGGCAACAUGAUGACAUUUGAGGAUGUUGACGUUCUAAAUCCUGUUGCCGAAUAUAGUGGUCGCAACUAUUUUUUCGAAUUCUCAAAGAAAAAUGAGGAGGAGAUGCUUGAUGCUGCUCCAGUCGGAAAUGCUACUCGUUUCCUGAAUCACGAGACCCUGGAAGUGGCCAAUUGUGAAGCACGAAUUCUUCUCGUCAAUGGGGAGCAUCAUAUCGGAUUUUACACCACCAAGGCAGUGGCUCGUGGAGAGGAACUUUUAUUGUAUUACGGUGACACUUACUGGCUAAACAAGAGAGUCCAUUAGAACCAUCAAGCGAUUGAUGGAGGGGGCGAGUAUUGGCUCCACAGUAUAUAGAAGGAUUAUCGUCCAGGCAUAAGAUGUUCGUUUCACUUCAGUGCCCACAGCACAAGACAUGACAAGGAGGCACUCAGUACUCAUUACGUGACGUAGACUCUCAGGCUCGAAUGGAACGGUAGUGUGUUCUGGCUACUCUAAUUUACAUUUCGAUUUUCAUAAAUGCAGACAUCAUUGACA